AAGUCAGAGGUGACAGCUCCGGGCUCCACUGCGCCUUUUCCUAGCCCUCCGUUGUCACGCAGCAGCAAGCUUAAUCCCGCAUAAAAAACGCAUGCGCGGAGAGCGUGCCGGCAGCAGGGCCCACGGAGCAAUGGCAGCAGGCACCUCCUAUCUGCCCCUCCUCGGCGUCACGUGACUAGCUGCGCUGAUGCACGCAGCCGGGAGGGGCGGGCUCCUUCCCCCGGCAGGCCGGAAGCCCCGCACCUCUGUCCCAGAACCUGAGCGAGGCCAGAGGCGCAGGAGGACCAAGUUCGACAAAUAUCAAUACAUGAUUCUUAUAGAGGCCUUCCAAACAGACCCCUAUCCUGGAAUUACUGUCAGAGAAGAACUGGCCAGAAAAACACAGAUUCCCGAGCCACGAAUCCAGGUUUGGUUUCAGAACCGGAGAGCUCGUGUACAGAAGAGAAGCCAGAGCAGGCCCAGCGUGGAGGCAGCCUGGGCGCAGGCCCCGAUCCUAGGCCCCGGUCAGUCCGGGGUGCUGGCCCCCAACUACUCCUACCAGCAGGGCUUCCCAGGGGUCCCGAGCAACGUGGGCAGCUUCUCUUGGGAAUCGGAGGUCGCUUCGGGCCACGCUGUCCUCUGGGGGCACAUUGGUGUCCCGGGCGCAAAUGUGGUCCCCGCUGACCUGGAGAUGGCAGCCAGCGCGCCGGGCCAGCCUUACGCAGACGUCCCUUGCUCUCCGCCCUCGGGCUCGGCGCUGCUUCCAGGUCCCACUUGCCACCAGCCCUUCCCACAGCUGGAAGCUGACAGUGCUGGGCAAGUUCGUCCCGGGGCACCCGGCCUGCUCUUCGCGCACGGGGCCUGGGCCCUGCGGGAGCCGGGGCCGCGCCUUCCCGCCGCGGAGCAGCAGCCGAGGUGGGGCUGGGAGCCAGGGGAGGCGCCUGAGUGCGCGGGGAUCUAGGAGGAGCCCUCUGCGUCCCCGCCCCAGCAGCUCUCGACCCAUCCCGCGUCUCGGCCUCUUUCCUGGCCGCAGCCACAGCCACAGCCACAGCUGUCGCUGGGUCCCGCUGAGCGCUAGGAACAGGUUCAUUCUCUUCCUCCUGAACCCAACCCGUGCGGGAGGCCCCAGGAUCCCCGCCCCAGCGGCCGCUGCGGGGUCUGCACCUCUGGGAGCUGCACAGCAAACCCGUGGAAAUGACCUCUCAGUGUCGGGCGAUGGGAGACAGAUGAACUAAGCUAAGGCCCAUCGUGAGAGUUCACAUUAUGAAAAUUGAAGAGGAAUAUCACGAUUUAUAUAACUUUGUCAUAGAAAGGCUUCCAAACAUGCUUUUCAGGGAAAUGAGGUUGUUAGGGUGGAAGGGCCUCGGGGUGCAUGGGACCUAGGGGUUUUCCUUAGAUGGGAUAAGUAAGAAAGGAUUGACUUUAUAAACUCGUCUGUCCUUCCAUUUAUUAACUGUGUAAACAUGGAGCACUUACAAUGUACAAAGUCCACUAGAGAGAAGGGGCACAGCAGGAUGAGGACAACUUUGUAGAAAUGUAUUAUUUUGUAAUCGGUAAAGAGCAAUGAUUUCUGCUUGCC